AUGCUGCCAUUUUGGGGGUCACUGCUGUGCUGGGCACUGAUGCCCUCAGCCCAAGGGGAAGCCCGCAGCAACCUCUUCCUGCGGAUCAACAACUCUCAGCUGAAGACAAACAUUUCAGACCUGUUAACAGAGAACCAGGUCCUGGGUGGCAUGAAGAAGAUGCCAGUGAUGGGGUUCACAAGCAAGGGCAAGCCUAUGAUCGACAACCUGCCCUUCGUCAAUGAGGGCCUCUCCAGCAAUAAAGGGGGACUGGACUUGACAUUGGUGGGGGACCUGAUCUCAGGGAGGAAGCUCCAGGUGCUGGAGAAGCUGCUCCGGGCCGGCGGGCUGGUCAUAGAAGACGCCCAAGGACCCAAGGUCACCCUGGACAUCCUAGGUGACAGCCUGCUGCAGGUCACCUUGCGCUGCAAGCUGUACCUGUCACUCCAGAAGAUCCUGUGGCUCAAAAUCAUUAAGAACAUCCUCAUCGGGGUACGGCUGGAACAGGUAGGGAACAAGACCCAGGUGGCCAUUGAGGAGUGCUACACGCCCCCCGGAUUCCUGGAUAUUGAGAUUCUACAACAGACAGACUCCCUGCCUGUGAAUAGGCUUCUGCAGCUGCUGUCCAACCUCCUGGACAAGGUCCUGCCCUCCCUUCUCCAGGAAGUGGUGUGCCCCACAGUCACAACCCUCAUCAACUCACUGCUGGAAGACCUGCUACACAUCUCUCUGCCACCCAUCUAUCCGGGCCCCGAUGACUUCCAGUACUAUGUGACCAGCACCGAGUUCACGGAGGAGGCCAUACUGAUGAGAGUCCUGCUCGUGACACCCUGUGGCCCAGACCAGCCGGCCCGGAAGCCUGAAUCCCCACAGCCCAGGGCCCUCCCACGACUCGCCCAGGGCAGCAUGGCAGACCUGGUGUUUGGGCUGGAAGUCUACAAUAACCUCCUGCGCUGCCUCUGCACCCGGACCCAUGUGGCCCCCGUGGACUCAGUGAACACAACAGACGCUGACCUCAUGAAGCUGCUGACCCUGAAAGAGCCUGGGCUCAAGGCUUCUAACCAGUCCGUGCAGAGCUUGGGCCUGGCCAUCCGCACCCAGGAUCCUCCCAUAGUCCACCUGGAUGGCAGCAGAGCCACCGUGACCCAGCAAGGCUCGCUGCUUCUGCUGGGGCCCAACGCCACCUCCUCCAGCUCCAUUUCCUGGCAACUCCUCUCGAAAGCUGUAUUUUUCUCAAAAAAUCAGAAACUAGAGCUCCAGUUCACUGCCCACAGGGCCAAGGUUACCCUGGGCCCUUACCCAGCUGGCCUCAAGGAACAGGAAGAAGGCCUGAAGGGCUUGCUGUUGGCCUUGCUGAAGAGGAGAUUCCUGCCCCAGCACAACAAAUGGCUCAGGGAGUGCGGCCUCCCCCUGCCGCACAUCAAGGGUGUCUCCUUUAAUCAAGCCCAGAUGGAGUUCUCCCAGAAGUACAUGUUGCUGACUGUUCCUGAGUAG